UGCUUUCGACACGUCGGACAUCGUAGUUCGUUUAAUUUGUGUUUAUGUGACAGUGAAAACGAAAUUUGUUUUGAAUUUUUAGUUUCGUAGCAAAUCGUACGAUUAUAAAAUUGAAUAGUUUUAUAAUUCGGUGAUUAUUAUACUCGUACAUACAUAUCUGGUAUAAAGGGAAUAAAGUGGCGGUUUAACAUUGUCUAAUGAAGAUACUCUAACCCGGUAUGCUUUAUCGGUUAGCAGAUAUUCUUAACUUCAUAUCUUGCGAGUUAACGUGUAUUCAGUGCGCGUAAUUCAACAGCAAAUAGCAAGUGAUAAACCCAUGAAGCUGGUGUAUUUGAAAUAAAAGAAUAAAGUGGCAUUAUAUAAAUAUUAAAGCAUUAAAGCAUUACAAUAAAAUUUUCACCAUUAAAAAAAUAUGCUGCAAAUUAAGUAAAAUAACUUUCAACGAAAAAGUGAGUUCUACAAUAAGUGUUUUUAAAAUUAAUUAAAGAAGUGUAAUAAUUGUAAUAGUUAAAUAAAAGCCAGAGUGUAAGCGUGCUAAUCAAGAUGAAUCUUAAACUUAAUUAGACGAAGUGAAUUAAUUGCUGCCAUCCAAGAGUUGCAAUACUACGACAACACGUUGAUCACAGCGAUUUAGCUACCAGCACCAGCUACCAGCUUUGUUGUUUUUGCCAGCGCUGUUAGGUGAGCGAACUUUUUAUAAGGUUCAUCCCAAAGGAUUACGGCACGGGCACGUUCAGCGCUCAGCAGUAAAAAGUGAAUAAGGCGACCAACACCGGCAUUUCAAGUUCCAUUGACAAUAACAACAACAGUGUGAAAAGUGUAAAAGCAAAAGCAAACACAAAGAAAAAUAUUCUAUAACAAUUCGAGCUAUACUCAAUCAAAAACGUUCUUACCAACAUAUUGUCAAUUCACAUCAACUUUUUCGGCCGAAAGAAGCGUGAAUUUUUUGAGAACAACAACUAACAACUACAACAAAAUGCUUCCACACAUGCAACGUCGCCGAUUGGGUUCCGUCGGAGAUUCGGCGCCCCCGUCCGAGUCCUCCGAGGGCACAAAUUCAUCCGAACAGCACGAGCUGAUGAUCAAUCCCGAUUGGUCGGCACACUCACACACUUCUUCGGUGCACACAAACACACACACCACUGCAGCGACGAACAACACCAACACAACAAGUAAUCACAACAACACAUAUUUCGUUGGCUCCGAUGUGGACGCCGACACGCUAAGCAUCGACACAACAAGCAAUUCAAAUCUCUCCGACUAUGAACGCGGUCAAGUGGAGAGCUUUUUCGGCGGUUUAGGCACCGAAAUUUAUGUCUGCUCGUCGUUGGCCAAUCUGUAUGAAGGCACCGGUAAAGAGGGUGACUGGCGUCUCGUCUUCACCGGCAUACCAGUCGUUCUACAUGAUCGAGGGAGCUCACGCGCACGAUCCAUUCCGCGCGUGACGCUGGUGUUGGCUGAACGCGGCUCCUCGUUUGCACUCUGGUCAGAUCGCAUUGAUAACUUGUCCAAUUAUCGUUUCGCCGGUCCAUCCUUCCACACGAUGUGCCUCUCAACGAACCAUCAGCAGCUGAUUGGCUUCAGUUUCGAUUCAACCGAAUCGGCUUGCGAACUCUAUCAACACAUUGAGAAGCUGGUGAGUGAUCCGGAAAAUAUAGCGCUCUCAAUGCCGGGCAAGAAGAAGAAGCUAAAACAAAAGCGUGUCAAGCCGGCUCCCCUGCCGCCCAAAUCUCAGAUCUCGCAGCCAUGCCAAUUUCAGCAUGUCACGAGCGUUACAAAAGACGAUACGGAUCGGUACUACAGUAUGCAAGCGUUCGCGCCGCCGUCCUUGAAGCACCGUUGAGAGUAAGUGAAAUUAAGUGGAAUAGGGAUAGCGAACAGCGAAGUAGCCAUAAACUUACAUGCGUAAGUGUGUUUGUAUGUAUAUACUAUAUAUAAAUUACAUAAAUUAGUGGUAAAGCACCGCGUGGAACGGUCCAUAGAAAGGUAACGACGUCAAUUCGUCAGCUUAUAGCCUAGACAGACGGCAGAGUUAACCCCUAUUAACUGCGUUAUUAAUAAGUUCCAAAUUUGUAGGUGACAGACGGCAGCAAAGCGAGUAAUAAACUCCCAUAAAUAGCUGAUUGGCAAUGAUGAUUUUCAGUUCGGUAAAAUAAAAUUGGAUAGAAGGCAAAUAUUGCGGUUGUUAGCCGCACAAUUAGUAAAACAUCAAUUAAAUUGAAAUUAAAUGAUUAUUAAAAUAAAUAUACAUAAAUACGUUAUUAUUGGAACUUCCACUUUAGAAAAAUUUAGCUAUUUCAUUGCAUGCAUCAGUUUUGCUUAUUUUCAUUCACAAUAGGUUAAAAGCGGCCAUGUUUAACAAUGUUGCUGCGAAAAUGUCACUAACUCCCACUAACACUCUAAAAUGUUGAGGGUUAAAUGGAAGUUAGCAAACGGAGUUAACUGAGAUAACGCCGAUUAAGUUAAACCCGAUUAAGUUAAUCCGGAUUAAGUUAAUCCGCCGUCUGUCAGGGGUAUUAGUCUUAAGUAAACUUUUAACAAUCCAACUUUUUUUAUUAAUAAAUAGAAAAUAAACGAUGUUAGCGUAAAAUUGUUUCAAACUGUUUGAAAGUAGCCAAAAUCAAUAAGCCGACCUUUGUAUCUUUCUACGCGCCUACAAGCCAGACAUUUCUGUGUAAUAAAUAAAUAAAUAACUAAAUAAAUAAAUGAAUAAAUAUUUAAUAUUUACGUGUGUAUAUGUUAGAUUGAAUUUGCGUGUUGCAUAUGCAUGUUUAUCUGUGAUAUAGGCAAAAAUCCAUUUUAUAUAUGCUACGCGAGAAAAAAAAAACAAAUAAAGAAAAUAGAUUUUGUUUAAGAAUUUCUUACCACUAAAAUCCAGAAAAUACAAACAGUAAAUUAAAUAUACUUACGAGUAGAUACUAAGUGAACGAGCUAUUGAGGUGCCGAGAAAAUCCGCGAAAAGUCCAUAAUUAUUAAGCUAAGACAUAAACACGUUAAAGUUAUAAAACAAUUAGUCACCGUUAUCAAACGUUUUAUAUAUAAGAGCUAAGUCAAAUGAAAAAAAUUUUAAAAUUAAAGAAAUAUGUAUGUAAUCAUUCAUUUUUUAGUAACUUUAAAUUUUUUGUUCAAUUUCAAUUUACUACACGUCGAUUAUUUCAAGUAAAUUUCUAGGUUUUAUGAUAAAGAUACUGAGAGUAAACAACACCCAACACUGUAAUAAAGUAGUAAUGAAGGAUCUAACCUCUAAAGGGAAUAUAGGUAUUUUUAAUUUAUCUCAAAAGUAGCAAUUAUGUAUAGGUUAAAAUCAAAUCAGAUCUUGCAAACUUUGAAUUGUUUUAUAGUCAAAAAAUAGUUUUUAAAAUUUCAAAGUAUAACACUAACCAGCUCUUUGAAUUGAAUUUUCGAAAAAUUCAGUAUGAAAAGAGUAUAUUUCAAACGGUUUGUUCUAUUGACAAAAAUGCGACGUUUCGGAAAGAAAGAGAUGUUUAAGCCACGCUUCAAUAAUAAGAGAUUUUAUUGAAGUUCGUGGACAAUUUGUUAAGAUUUUCAGUGUCAUUUUUUCACAUGAAUGUGAUUAUUGCGAUGAAUUCCAAUUUCAGCAAAAUGUUUGAUUUUAUUUUACUCAAAUCUCUCAUAAUUCGCAUUGGCUCCUGAUGAUGGGCAAUAUUUCAUUACCGAUGAUUUUUUUAUUUUGAAUUACGAUCGCAAUGUCAGUUCAAUAAUUUGAGGUAAUUACGAAAGCGGUUAAAAGUACCUACAAUUAAUUUAAUUCAUAAAAUUUAUUAAUUAAUUGUGAUUACAAAAGCAGGCAAAUUUUGGAUAUUAUUAAAAUAAAUAAAUAUGAAAAUCUGAUGAAUUUUAAAAAUUAAUGUGGAUUACAAAUUUUCAUAAAUUUAAAUAAAUAACAGUCAAGAUCUAAUCAAGAAAAAUGCAAUAUUAUUUGGUUAGAAAUUUUAAAUUUCAAAAUAUGAUUUAUAUAUACACAGCAUAUAUGUUAUACCUUACCACAAAUGAUAGGUAAUUCAUCUAAGAUUUUAGUUUCAUUCAUUUAUGAAUAUUUAGUUGAGAAUGAAACUAUUGAAACAAAACGGAUAUCGGAAUCUUUAUUAUUAUUCUAAACAAAAUUAAAAUGCUAGUUGGCAUGAAGAUCCGAACCUCUUUAAAUGUUACUGUCGUACGCUUGGUUUUGAAAAUAACAUCAACAAAAAAAUCAAUUAAUAUACACAUACUUAAGCUAAUUGAAAGAAUUUACGAAGUGAUAAUUCACAGCAAUCAAGAAAAUCAAGCGAUGAAUGAAGUUGCUGUGCCUUCAUUUUCAUAUUUCAGCAUUUAUUUAGAUAAAUAGAAUAAUAAUUUUAAUUAAUUUCAGACCUUUUAAAAUUGUCAAAUAUGUAUAUUAUAUGAAAAUAUAUUAAAUAUAUAUAUUAUUAAUAUUUACAAAAAAAUAGUUUUAAAACCGAUGUAUGAUAUAGUUCGAUAUGAGUCACUUUAUGAUAAAUGGAAUUUCUAAGAUAAUUACAAGUUAAUUUUUCUCUCGUAUUACGGCAAGCGAAUGAAAAAUUUGAAAUUUUUCGUUAUCAGGGGUUUUGAAAUUAACGUAAUUUAUAUAAAAUAUAUGAUUUAAAUACUAUUUUCCAAUAACUAGCAAACAAUAAAAUCGUCCUCUCAAUAUAACAAUAGCGUAUGUGCUCAUACGCCAUUAUUUUUUUAUUGCAUAUUUAGAAUCUUCAUCAUUGAUUCUAUGUCUUUUCAAAAUUUCGUCAAAUUCUACUUCCACAAAGUGGGUCAAAAUGUCAUUGGCAAAAAUGGUGUAUAAUUUCAUGUUCAAAAAUUUCCUUCAUUUCUGAUUUGACAAAAACUUUAAACUCGAUUUUCUCAAAACCAAAAAAAAAAAAUUAUACGCUAUUGUUAUAUUGAGGGGACGAAAUAAUACAAGAAAAUGUUUUGUUUUAGUUUUAUAAAAAAUCAAAUUAUAAUAGAAUAUAAUAGAAUAUAAUACCUAGUUCACACAUUGUUAUUCAAUAUAAACACGAGUUACCAUAACUUGAGCUACAAAAAUUAUUAUUGUUUUUUAUUAGUAAACAUAAAUAUAUAAUUAGUUCACAUGUAAAAAAUAUUUGAUUUAAUAAUCACAAAAUAUAUCUCAAUAUGUCAUGACAUAAAAAUAUAAAGAAAGUAAUAUUAUUUGUAUUCACAAUAUUUUAAUUUAUACUCGUACUUGUAUUAUUAUGGGGCACUACGGUUGACACAAUAAUUAAGUUAUUUAACCUUAAACACUUAGAAAUUAACAAGCAAAAUGCGAAAAAAACCAUGUAUGUAUGUAAUAUGCUAAUGAAAUCACAAGCGUUUUUAUUACUUUACGUGUAAAACAUACAAAUUAAGUAAAUUAGCCGAAAUGUUUAAAAAGUGCACACACACACACACACACGAAAAAUGCGAGCAAUAUGUGUGUGUGUAUGUUCGUAGUUUUUAGUACAAAUGGUAUGAUGACAAGACCCUAACUGACAUUGCCGGCGAAUUGCCGUAAUUGUUGAAUAAAAGUGACAAUUACAUUUAUCUUGAAAGCGAUCGGUCAUUGAGGCCAUCGGCUGUUUGAACUUGUAAUAUAAAACAAUCAAAAUAAAGGCAAAACUCAGCAAAUGUACAUACAUAAAUCAGUUGGCAAUUGUCUUGUGGGAAAACCUUAGUUGUACAAGUAUGUAGCUUUUAUCAUGCCUAUACACAUACGUAUAUGUAUGUAUGUAUAUUUAUUAUCGCAAACUUAUUCAAUGUCAAAUUAAAUAAAUAUUUGUAAGUGAAAUUGAAGCGGGUUGGGCGAUUGCAACAAUUGGCUGCGUCUUCUAGAAUAUCUUGUUGAAAUGUCAAAGCAAUUGGUAUGCCGCUCAGGACAUGCAGAAUACAUUAAUACCUUUAUGUAUUAUAAUAAAUAUUAAAUAAUCGCUGUCAUGUUUUAAGUGCGACAUGUAUCAUUGCAAUGAAAUAAAUAUAUACAUAAUACAAUUAUCUAUUCCGAAUCUUAAA